AUGGUAGCGAAUGAGUGUGGGCCACCUUCCCAGGACUUGGUGCAGGAGGAGUUAAAGAGCAAAUCCAAGGUCUGUGCCAAUGUGUUCUGUGGAGCUGGCCGGGAGUGUGCGGUCACCGAGAAGGGAGAGCCCACCUGCCUCUGUAUUGAGCAAUGCAAACCACACAAGAGACCUGUGUGUGGCAGCAACGGCAAGACCUACCUCAACCACUGUGAGCUGCACCGAGACGCCUGCCUCACUGGAUCCAAGAUCCAGGUUGAUUAUGAUGGCCACUGCAAAGAGAAGAAGCACACACGUCCAUCUGCCAGCCCAGUGGUUUGCUACCAGUCCAACCGCGAUGAGCUCCGGCAGCGCAUCAUCCAGUGGCUGGAAGCGGAGAUCAUUCCAGACGGCUGGUUCUCCAAAGGCAGCAACUACAGUGAGAUUCUAGACAAGUACUUCAAGAACUUUGAUAAUGGUGAUGCUCGCUUGGAUUCCAACGAGUUCCUGAAAUUUGUGGAACAGAAUGAAACCGCCGUCAACAUUACCACCUAUGCAGACCAAGAGAACAACAAGCUGCUGAGAGGACUCUGCGUUGAUGCGCUCAUUGAACUGUCGGAUGAAGACGCUGACGGGAAACUCGGCUUCCAAGAGUUCCUUCGGUGCCUCAACCCCUAUUUCAACCCUCCAGCUAAGAAGUGCGCCCUGGAAGAUGAGAGCUACGCAGAUGGAGCUGAGACUGAGGUGGACUGUAACCGCUGUGUCUGCGCCUGUGGAAACUGGGUCUGCACGGCCAUGACCUGUGACGGAAAGAAUCAGAAGGGAUCCCAGACCCACACAGAGGAGGGGAAGACCAGAUAUGUCCAGGAGCUCCCAAAGCACCAGGAAACAGCUGAGAAGACCAAGAGAAUGAGCACCAAAGAGAUCUAAAGUGGAGGAUCCUGGGGGAGGUGUCUCGGCCCGGCACCUUCCCUUGUACAUCAGUGCUGAGUCCCGUAUAUGCAAGUGUCUGCUGCAGUCGCCAAAUCACCAGUAUUUGCUUGUAUAGCAAUGCGUUUUCUUUCGUAUAUUUGUUUUGCAAUAAAGGAAAAUGGGGUGGGGACUGGCUAAGAGGGGGAGGCUCAGAGCCACCAUCCCUUGGAGUGCUUUGAGAAAAACUGUAAAUGGUGCUGGGGGUAGAGGGAGAGGGGGGACUGGAGGCAUGUAUGGAAAAACUGCAUCAUGGUUGGGAGAGGAGCAGACUCAGACCAGACACCCCCUGAAUCCAAGGAAGCUUGAAAUAUGCUACAGGGAAGGCCAGUAGGGCCAAAGAGAUGCUAUCAGGCAGUUUCUGGAAGAGAAGUUUGGGAAGGUCAAGGGUGAACAAGCGUUCAGGGUGACAGGACACCCGCAUCUGCUUCUCCCCAAUCCCAAGCACUGCCUCCAGCUAUAAAUCCACUGAGCUGGCUUCCCAGUGUCCCUCCGACUUUGUCAGCGUGUCCGAGAGGGCACACCUGAAUGAUGCAGAUACUUGUCUACUUUGAGCCCCUUAGAGACCUAACCAAAACUCUAGGAAUAUUUUUUACCAAAGGUGCUAUUUUUUCUGUAAAACACUCGCUUUGGGCAAGAUGACUUCAUUUUUCAAGUAUCAUUAUAUUAUUAUUGUUGUGUUGGUAUAUGUAUUUUUUUUCACUAGCAAUUAAGCUUCUUUUGUUGUUCUCAGUAGUACUUCCACGUCAGAAGUGGGAGGCGCUUGGCAUCUAUGGUAUGUUGUGCCCUUGGACAGGGAUUCCCCCACCCAGAUGCCUCCCACCUUGUCACAAAGUACCUGCAGCCCAGAGUUGGCUCCCCUGGCCCCAGCAGGUCUGCAGUCUGACCAAGGAGCCAGGAAGCCUCAGACAGAAGCCAGGGGAGGAAGAACUAUCGUCAGGCAAAGCUUUCAAGGUCCAAAAGGUUUAUUAAGGCUUUUUUCAUAUGCUGCGAAGUUCAGUGCCAUUCAAUCUUCCUGAGGUUGGACUUGAGAAAUAUGUGCCCCUAGGCAGGGUGUAGGAUAUCCUGGCCAAUCAAUGUGCUAUUGAUCCGCCACUAUGAGAGAAUGUUGCUGGCCUCAAUCUUUCUCUUUCUGGGCCUUUUUCCUCGAUAGAACAGGAUGACCUUUUCCAUCUGGUAAGUAAAUAAAUUCUCUGCUUCUGGCCAUUGUCCAGUGGGGGACAGACUCCCUCUGCUCUUUGGGAUAAACAAAGCCUUGUUGUCACAAGGAUCCUCAGAUCACCGAAAACGGGGUCACCGAAUUUGACCGGGUCCAUCAGCCCCACAGGUUGCACUGGGAUGCUGGGGCCUCCCGAGUGACACCUCGCUGGAGAGACCGUGGGAAAAGUACCACCCUUCGUGUGUCAGCUCCAUGCCUGACCUCCCUCUUGGCCACAGCAAUAGCUUCUCCUUUAGAGAGGAGGACAAAAAGUCGUUGGAUCUUGAAAGAGGGGAGAAAGGAAAUUUUGGCCUUACAAACGGAUGUGGCAGGAAGUCAGUCGAUCCUGCCUCUUCUGGCCUCUGUGGACCACACCACCCCCUCCAUAGUACCAGCUUUCAGAUCCUUUGGGGUGACCAGGAUUGAAAAGUUGACAUGAGGGUACAGACACGAUUUGGAUUGUAAUGCGCAGACCACAGUGAGACCCCCCUUGUGCCGCCAUGGCAAUUUCUUCCCAGUAGGUUUUCUUCCUCUCCUUCCAAAGGAGGCCAUUCCCCUCUCUCCGGCCGCCCUGUGCUCCUUGUGGAUCAGCCCGUUUAAAAGUUCUCUUCACAUACCACCGCGCAACCCGAAACGCCCCUCCUGCUCCACUUGCCUGGCACGCUCACAGCAGCAUGCCAUCUCACAAAAGGCAUGAGUUUGGGGGUCCUGGGGCCCGAUGGGAGUGACCAUGAGAGUGCCAGUUUAUUUCAAGCAGGAGCCAGGCUGCCUCGUCACCAAUCCCACGGGUGGGGCUGUGGUUCCCGCCCCUCCCGGCAACCCUGCAUUGUUCCCGACUGGUGUGUCUUUGUCAACAGGGCAGCUCUUGUCUGCCUUGGAGAAGCACGUAAUCUGUGGGCCUUUUGUGGCAAGCUGUGGCAUAGCCUCGUGUGGGGCGCCUUGUUACAGUCUCGGCGAGGAGCGAACAAGCAGCAUUAAAUUGGAUUCCGUUCCGCCAGCCCUCUGCACUCACAGGGCUUGGAGGGCAAGCUUCCUUGGGCUUUCUCUGCGUGCAGGUGGUUUUAUAAACAUGACGACAUUGGUGAUGAAAACCCUCCAACAGGCCACGACUCGCCACUGGUUUGGAAAAUCAGGGCGCCUCCACUUGCCAAUAAGCUCGUGUGGACCAAGGUCUGACCAUCUUUCCUUUCCCCUAUUUUCCAAAAGAAACCGUUGGCAUAGGGCUCUGUUGCCUGUGUGUUCCUGAAAUGUAUUAGGUUUUAGUAGGCUUCCAUAUUGCAUUUAACUUGUUUUUGUAACUCCCAAUUUUUUCAAUACUAUUGAUAAAUAAAGAAAUAAAAUAAGA